GCCGUCCGGUGGGCUCUGAACGCAGCGCGGCGCUGCCAUGUUGUUGUUUUAUCCUCGGCGCAGAGUUUCCAGCUGCUGUCGGUGUCGGUGUCUGCGGACACAGAGGACACUUUCUGAGGGGGACGCAUUGUUUUACAGAUAUUUCCUGAAGUACAGCUAGACACCGAGUCACCGCAAAACCAACCGCACAGCAGGAGCUUCACACGGCAUUCCUACUUUUCCAGCUUUCGUGUUUUCCUUGUUGACCUGCCAGUUCCUGAGGGACACAACAGGCUGUGUUAGACCCGAAGCCUUGCCUUUGUUCACCCACCGCUCUAAAAGCAGGCGAGGUGAAGAUGGUGGACCGGCUUGCUAACAGCGAGGCCAACUCUAAGCGAAUUGGGUUGGUGGAGAGCUGCUUCGGCGCUGCAGGCCAGCCACUGGCCAUACCUGGUCGAGUGCUGAUCGGAGAGGGUGUCCUCACCAAACUCUGCCGCAAGAAGCCCAAAGCUCGCCAGUUUUUCCUUUUCAACGACAUCCUGGUCUACGGCAACAUCGUCAUCCAGAAGAAAAAGUACAACAAGCAGCACAUCAUCCCUCUGGAGAGCGUCACCAUCGACACGGUGCCGGACGAGGGCGAACUACGAAAUGGCUGGCUAAUCAAGACUCCCACCAAGUCCUUCGCCGUCUACGCCGCCACCGCCACAGAGAAAUCCGAAUGGAUGAACCACAUUGGGAAGUGUGUGAGAGAAUUGCUGCAGAAGAGCGGCAAAUCUCCAACGGGCGAGCACGCCGCCGUCUGGGUGCCUGACUCCGAGGCGUCUGUGUGCAUGUGCUGCAAGAAGGUGAAGUUCACGCCGGUCAGCCGGCGCCACCACUGCAGGAAGUGCGGCUACGUGGUUUGUGGGCCGUGCUCUGAAAAGAAGUUCCUCCUGCCCAGCCAGUCGUCCAAGCCGGUACGCGUGUGUGAGCACUGCUACGCGCUGCUGUCAGGAAGCCUUGGGCCGCGCUCAGAUUCUAUCGGCCGGUCGGGCGCAAACUUCAACAACAACACCCUGUCGGACGAUGAGGACGAAGACGACAGCAGUGACUGAGAAAUGUCCAAACCUCCAGAGGACUUGUUCUGUCUCUGCACUGAGGAGAAAAUACUCUGCUCUCAUGAUAUCACUUAAUUAUUUUUCUUAUUUUGCAUCGUUUCUCUGAUUGAAUCGUGACCCAAGAAGAGGGGUUUUUCAGUAGUUUUCUCCUGGAUUCUUAUCUACGAACCUAAAUGAUGAAUUUCCUCCAGUACUUCCUGGUGGGAUAAAUAAUGAAACAUUAUCUCAUCAGUAAAACAUUGAAUUAACUGGUCGACAAGCAGAACUCUGGAAUUUUGUCUGACUGUGCAUCACAGCUUCUGUCUGCUCAGUCCAUCUUGUUCUCAUGCUUCCUAAUUAGGCUGCAGUUAUUCACUACAAAACAUAGGUGCUAAUGAGACCUCCACACUGCACUGUCCCCUCAACUUCAUUUCCCCUUAAUAGUUUCUGUUGCUCAUUUUUAUUUCAUUUCUAUGAACUAAAUUAGCCGGAAACGGAGAGUCUUCCCUCUGUCGCCUCAGUCAGGACAGAUCCUGGCGUUUUUCUACUCUAUUUUUAUAGCUUUGUCUUCAUUAAAAUGUAUUUUCUUUUAUUAACAAAUGUAGAUGUCACGCUAAACUUAGUUAUUUUCUAGCUCUAAUGCAGUUGCUUAUGACAAAUCAACUAAAGACCAUCUCACAGUGAGCGUCCUCGGUAGGUCCAAAGACUAACUCUAGCCUGUGCCUGUACAUCACGUAGUGCCUUCUAGAAUACUGAGCUCCGCUUCCAGAAAAGAAGAGCUUGUGUGUAAACGAGACAAAGAUGCAAAACAAACGAUAGGUCGAUUUUUAAACACAUUAGGCCAGCAGCAAACAGAAACGGAGGCAGAUUAUCAAAGAAAAGGCUUCAGUGCUGUCUUGGAGGUGUUAGGUUGGUCAGGCAUCCAUUCUUAGAAAGGAACCAGGAUUUGCUUCCGGGUUCUGUUGUGCGCUAACCGUCCCAUGAAUAGUAGGGAGUGCUGGUCACAGAGGAGCCGACGCAGUGGCUCAUGUUAACCAGUUCAUCACCAGUCAGAAGAUGGAUUAGAAACUCGCUAAGGGGGAAAAAAAGGUUGGGAUUCAUCCAGCAACACAUACAAUGUAGCCUAACUAUAACUAACAGCUCAGUGUUGUUCAAACAGUCCUCAGGUUUCCUGACAUUAUAGAAAUCAGAGCACAACCUGAAUAUUGGACUUCUUUCUUGCAGUGUUGGUUGGAUCAAACUUCCACUGUUGUUGUUGGCAUGUUUCCUCCUAAAGCUCACCCUCUUGGGAAUUCCUGGAAUUUGGACCAAGUGUUACCUCAUGGGUGGAGCUGUGUGGAAACCAGAGGAUAACAUGGCAACGGCUGCAGUUUACUUAGUUGGCAAAUGGCCUUCGGGAAUUAAAGUGGGAAACAUGGAAGAUUUCACCUGUAAGGAUUUUCUUUUUCCUCCUUUGUGUUUGGAUUAGAGAGGCAUGUUAACAUGUUGAUUUAGUAGCUUUACAGUCUGAUAUGGUUUAAUAUAACAAAAACCUAAUAAUGACCUGAGAGAAAUGGCAUUCAGAGAUCUAAAGAAUAGAGAUGCCCCCUGUUUGAGUUUGUUUACUUAUGCUACAUGAAUUCAUGAAUGAAAUUAAGCAGUUUGCAAUAAUAAGGAAGUGUUAUUUCGUUUUUUUGUGUUUGUAGUCACAUGAUGACCUACACUGUAUUUCAUAUGCAAUUCUUCUGUGUUCAGAGGCUGAGGUGGUUUUCCUGCCUAUUACUCCUCCCUCUGCUGAUCUGAGGUCAGAUGGCCACACUGAACUCUGCUCUUCCUACAGUUAACAUUAGCAUCCUUCCUUCCUUUCAUUCACACCAACAUAAGUUUCCUAUGAAAAACAGGAGUCACAUGGCACCGUUUCGACUCAUGUGAACAGUCACUGAGCCUGAAAGCGAAAGCAGGCUGGGUGGAACCAGGACUACAUGUCCCAGCCUGCAAAGCGGUUCAGAAAACCUGAAUUUGUCUUCAUCUGUGCUGAAAGCUUCUCUUCUCAGUGAGUCCUCUGAAGAGUUUCAUUCCUCUAACAAGCAGCUUUUCAAAGAACAACAGACCUAAAAUAGCUGUAAAAGUAUUAUUAAUCCCUCCAUCAUUGUAGUUAGUAUAACAAAGUGCUUUACACAGGGAUUACAAUAAAACACACUAAAUGAGCAUCGACUAAUCAUUGAGUAUAGCUGGAAAAUGAAAGACAAGCUCACUGAUACAGAAGAUGGCUGCCUCUGUCUUCACUGAGUAACGGCACCCUCACCCAGCCAGUACAGCUUGGAUUCUUAUGUUUUAACCCGCCAGGCAAAGGCAAGAGAUCAGCUGAAGAUUGGCCCAUUCUGCUCAUCAGAGGCCUUCUGCAUGGAAGGAAUCAAAAUAAAAUUUGACAUAGGAGCCUGAAUAUCCUAGAAGAUUAAAAAUAUGUCACUCCAUUCAUUGAGAUUCAUUGUAGGUUUGAAGCAAUAAUAUAACCUUCAUUAUCUCUCCAGGACAUUGGCUCAGAAAGUUUUCUUUGUAUGUAAGAGAGAAGUCACUGACAUCACUGCAGGACAAGUUAUCGGCGGUUGUAAGUUGUCUGUCAGAAUCCCCGUCCGAAGUGGAAAUAUGAUGGUGAUCUACUCAGAUGUGGCGAUAUAUGACGUGAACCUGUGGCCCAGUUGCACCGGUGGAGCCAAACAUCUCAGGCGGUCAUAAAGUGACGCUGCUCGUCAGGAGCGGCCUCCAUCUUCGGUCAGCUGUCGUUUAGAGGAAGGAGGAUUGUUUCAGUCCAUCUGGAUAAACAUCUUGAUUCCAAUGAAGUUUGUAAUAAUAUGUGAAGGUGUCUAAACUCGCCACAGUCAAUAGUUUGAUCAGGAUGAACGGCGAUGCUGUCAACCAGCUGGGAAGCCUUCAUGAUGUCCCUUCUAGAGCUGAAUUAUUGGACACGUCUGAAUGAAUAAAUGAACCAGGAGAUGUCAGCUGUUCCUCUAGUGUUUUUGUCAUUGUUGCUUCUGUUUUAGCAGAUCUCUGCUGGGUGUUGGAAUGAAACUCCAGAGGUACAUCACUGCGUCGAUGAUUAGAAACAGAAACUACUUGUUUCUUAAAAAGAGGAAUAUUAAGUUUUAUUUUCUUUAUAUUAAAAGAAAAACACUUUCAUGAGUGUUUUCUGAUCAGUUUUUCCUUUUAACUGAGCGUUAUCGUUCUACGUGGUUUUCUUUGUUUUUAGUGUUGGCAUUAAGAAUCACAGCAGCAUAACAGAAGGAAGAAAGGGAUUUUCUUUUUUUGUCUUGAUUUUAUAAAUGUAAAGUUUUGUUGCUACGAUUAAAGCAGCAUCUGUGAUUAGAGGAAUUGACAGUUGUUCACUAACUAGCUGUGCUUUAUAGUUGGUGUUGCUGAAGUGCUGAGGGAGGAGACUGCCGAGCCCAGACGCAGUCGGGCCUCAGCUUUGCUGUGGAUUGCACUUAAAAAGUCGACACAUGGACUCUGAUCCAGGUUGUUGCUGCAUCCUGUCAGACCAACAGUGACUAGAUGUUUAACCGUGAUUCUUUGUUUUAGUCCUGAUGAUUUUUGUAUGUGUGCAGAUUUGUUUGGUUGUACGGUCCUGAUCAGUUUGGAAAUGAUUCUAUCUGUGCUUCGGCUUUUCUUUUCUACUUCCUUUGAACCUUUUCAAACAUGCAUAGCAAAAAAAAUCCAGGAGGAAAGUGUCUUAAUAUAGCAGAGGGACAUUCAAUCCUCAACCGACAGCCAACGUUGGUUUUAUUGAGAAGGUACAUGUUCUCCAGGAUGGACACACAUCACCAGCUGUGCAUAAAUAAAGACACUCGGAGUUUUAAGGGAUUUUAUCUGCACUUUAACUAACCUGGUGAGCUUUCUGCAGCUAAAUGAGCAUUGACCAUCCAAAGUCCCGGUUUUGCAUCAUCUGAACCUGAAACAUCAGAGCAAGAAUGAACCUGCUAGAAGCAGGUAAAAAGAAAUUCUUCCAAAUGAAGCACCGAAGCAAAAAAUCUGCUGACUGUUCUACAGCACCCACACACAUCCAGCUAUGUCCUGAGUAACCAGGUUACUUCAGUGCAUGUAAACAGAUUAUUUGCCAGUUUACAGUUGAGUGAUUCUGCAGCAGAAUAAAAAUACAGCUGGCGAUCCUGUAAAUGUGUCCUGAUCAGCAGCGUUUUUAUCCUUGCUGCGCUCUAAAUGAUGCUGCUCGGCUGGCUUACGUCUUCACACUGUGAGCAACAUGAUUAGAAUGUCCUCUCUUGCUGAUUAUGUAUUAAAUGUUUCUGAUUAGUUAUGAUGCUUUUUUUUGUUUUAACAGCGCAACUUCGAUUAUGAUGAUGACGCAUUUACACAAAUCAUACACAUAACCUGAUUUUCAUUGUUUUGUGGAGGGUUUAUUUUAAAUAGGCUUGGGCCAAGCAAGUAUGGCGAAGGUUGUAUUAAUACACAUUAAACAAGGCUUUUCUUCA